AUGCGGGAAGUCAUAAGUAUCCAUAUUGGCCAAGGCGGUGUGCAGAUGGGUAACGCCUGCUGGGAGCUAUAUUGUCUAGAGCACGGUAUCCAGCCUGAUGGUCAGAUGCCCAGCGACAAGGGUCUUGGCCAGAGUGAUGACUCAUUCAGCACUUUUUUCAACGAAACUGGAGCUGGAAAGCACGUCCCACGUGCUGUGAUGGUUGAUUUGGAGCCAACUGUCGUCGAUGAAAUUCGAACUGGAACAUAUCGCCAACUAUUCCAUCCCAAUGAAUUAGUGACGGGGAAAGAGGAUGCAGCUAAUAAUUAUGCGCGUGGACACUACACGGUGGGCAAAGAAAUGGUGGAUUUGAUAUUGGAUAGAAUACGAAAGUUGACGGACUGUUGUAGCGGUCUACAAGGCUUUUUGAUUUUUCACUCCUUUGGUGGUGGAACGGGCUCGGGUUUAACUUCACUCCUAAUGGAACGCAUUAGCGUUGACUACGGAAAGAAAUCUAAGCUUGAAUUCGCCAUAUAUCCAGCUCCUCAGGUGUCAACUGCAGUUGUUGAACCCUACAAUUGCAUUCUUUGUACUCAUGCCACACUGGAGCACUCUGAUUGUGCUUUCAUGGUCGACAAUGAGGCGAUAUAUGAUGUGUGCAGACGUAAUUUAGACAUCGAUCGACCUACGUAUACAAAUCUCAACCGAUUAAUAGCCCAAAUGGUCAGCUCAAUUACAGCGUCUUUGCGUUUUGAUGGAGCACUGAAUGUCGACUUGACGGAGUUUCAAACAAACCUUGUUCCCUACCCUCGUAUCCACUUCCCUCUAGCUUCCUAUGCCCCUACUGUGUCGGCGGAAAAGGCCUAUCAUGAACAAUUAACUGUGAUUGAAAUCACUAAUGCCUGCUUCGAGCCAGCUAAUCAGAUGGUAAAGUGCGAUCCACGACAUGGAAAGUAUAUGGCUUGUUGUAUGCUAUAUCGAGGUGACGUUGUUCCCAAGGAUGUAAAUGCUGCAAUUGCAUCAAUAAAAUCUAAGAGAACCAUCCAGUUUGUUGAUUGGUGUCCAACUGGUUUCAAAGUUGGUAUUAACUACCAACCGCCGACAGUGGUUCCCGGCGGUGACCUGGCAAAAGUUCAACGAGCUGUCUGCAUGAUGAGCAAUACAACAGCAAUUGCAGAACCAUGGGCUCGUCUUGACCAUAAAUUUGACCUCAUGUAUGCAAAACGAGCCUUUGUUCACUGGUACGUAGGUGAGGGUAUGGAAGAAGGUGAGUUUUCCGAGUCUCGAGAAGAUAUGGCAGCUCUGGAGAAGGACUACGAAGAACGUGAAAUAAUCAGCAUUCACAUCGGUCAGGGUGGCGUACAAAUGGGCAAUGCUUGUUGGGAGCUCUAUUGUCUUGAGCAUGGUAUUCAACCAGAUGGUCAGAUGCCAUGCGAAAAGACUAUUGGUGGAGGUGAUGACUCAUUUCAGACCUUUUUCUGUGAAACUGGAGCUGGAAAACAUGUACCUCGUGCGGUCAUGGUUGAUCUUGAACCUACUGUAGUUGAUGAGGUUAGAACUGGAACAUAUCGUCAACUUUUUCAUCCUGAUCAACUGGUUACUGGGAAAGAAGAUGCAGCAAAUAACUAUGCAAGAGGUCACUACACUGUGGGGAAGGAAAUGGUUGAUACCAUUUUGGAUAGAGUGAGGAAAAUGGCAGACUGUUGCACUGGCAUGCAGGGAUUUCUUGUUUUUCACUCCUUUGGUGGAGGUUCAGGGUCUGGUUUUACAUCCCUCUUGAUGGAACGACUCUCUGUUGACUAUGGAAAGAAGUCUAAGCUCGAAUUUGCCAUUUAUCCAGCGCCGCAGAUUGCUACAGCCGUUGUAGAGCCAUACAACGCUAUUCUCUGCACGCACACAACCCUUGAACACUCAGAUUGUUGCUUUAUGAGUAAUUUCAAUGCUUUUUAUCUUAGACGCAACUUGGAUAUUGAACGACCAACAUAUACCAAUUUGAAUCGUCUCAUAGCUCAAAUAGUCAGUUCCAUAACAGCCUCCUUACGAUUUGAUGGAGCUUUGAAUGUAGAUUUGGCUGAAUUUCAAACGAAUUUAGUCCCUUAUCCACGAAUCCACUUCCCCUUGGCUACUUACGCCCCCACAGUCUCGGCUGAGAAGGCUUAUCAUGAGCAACUUAGCGUUCCAGAACUCACCAACGCCUGCUUCGAACCUGCAAACCAGUUAGUGAAGUGUGAUCCACGUCAUGGCAAAUACAUGGCAUGUUGCAUGCUCUAUCGUGGGGACGUGAUUCCCAAAGACGUAAACGCUUCCAUAGCCUGCAUCAAAACCAAGAGGACCAUCCAGUUCGUCGACUGGUGCCCCACCGGUUUCAAGGUCGGCAUCAAUUAUCAGCCCCCGACUGUCGUUCCAGGGGGAGAUUUGGCAAAGGUUCAACGAGCGCUUUGCAUGAUAUCCAAUACCACAGCAAUUGCAGAAGCGUGGGCUCGAUUGGAUCAUAAAUUUGACCUAAUGUAUGCAAAGAGAGCCUUUAUUCACUGGUACGUUGGUGAGGGCAUGGAAGAGGGUGAAUUUUGCGAGGCCAGAGAAGAUACAGCCGCUCUUGAAAAAGAUUACGAUGAAGUGGGACAAGAAACGAUGGAGGGCGAGGGUGAGGGUGAAGAGGAUGAGUACUGA